GUUCGUUAAGGAUCUCUAGUCUUCGUUUCAAUUUUGAUACGUCUUUUAUGGAAGACGAGGUAAUGAAUUAUGUAGCUACUCGUCCGACAGCUUCGUUAGCUUCUUUAAACACGUGGUAUUCUCUGUUAAAAAUCUUUGCUUUUAUCGCUGAUAUCAUUUUCCACCUGACUCUUCGAAGGAAACGUGUCAAAUUAUUCAGCCAAAUUUCGCGGCAAAUAUACGAGAGAGAGAGAGAGAGAGAGAGAAAAUGUUCCGAAUCGACGGAGAACGUGGGUAACGGCAGGAGUCGUGGCAGCUGUAGAACGGUGAAACGAGAGCAACCGAAGAGAACGAUCCUGGAUUGCAGGCUUGCACGAAGCAAGCAGAUCUUAGAACGUACUCCACCAACGAGAAGCAAUCCGAUCUACCGUUCAGCAAUCACGCACGCUGUCUCGGACCUAGGCACCAUCAACCAGCGGGAUAAGUACACGAACCGGGACGCGCGAGGA